GCACGGUCCUUUUGUCUGUCUGUCCGAGGUGUUCCAUUUCAUCACGCCACAAGCUGUAACGCCCUCUGAGUUCCCGCCUCCUGUAAAAAUCUGCCUUCAGCACGCAGGACUUUCAUUUUGCACACACAGCCACAGAUGGAGAAGGGCCAGCCCGAGUGGUUUGUUUUGGCUUCUUUAUUUGUCUAAUUUAUUUCCCUGUAGCCGAUAUUACUUUUUUUGAGGUGCGAGUCUUGGCAGUGGAUGGCUUAAGUUCCGAUUCGAGCUUGCUUGCUGCUUCACAGAACCGUUAUGAACAGGUCUUUGAGUUUGAGGUUCUCCAGAAGACUGCAGAAUCAUGCGUACAGCUGCCCAGCAGAGGGCGGGGCAUCCCCCACGCGCAUCCGUGCGGGCAGGACGAAGUCGCUGAAGAGGAAGACAGAGACAAGGAAGGCGUUGAGCCUGGAGGAGGCCCAGCUGGAGAUGCAGCAACAGACCACGAGCAGGCUGGCCCUGCCCAGGUCUCAGACGUUUGCAGGCGACAGGUCUUUGGAAAAAAGCGACAGCGCAAACUCGAGAACCAGCUUCAUCAAGCACAACAAAACAUUCCACAAGCUCUUCCCUGACGUCCCGGAGAACGAAGACUUAGUACACGCCUACAUCUGUGCCCUACAGAGGGAGGUGCCUUACCACGGCCGUCUGUACAUCACGGAGAGCAACGUGUGCUUCCAUUCCUCCGUGCUCCUCAAAGCCACCAAGGUGGUGAUACCUGUGUCUAGUAUACAUGUUCUAAAGAAGCAGAACACUGCCCUGCUGGUGCCAAACGCCCUGUCGAUUCGUACCAACAUAGGGGAGAAGUAUUUGUUUGUGUCUUUGCGGAACCGGGAGAGCUGCUACAAACUGCUGCUAUCAGUCUGCCCCCUGCUGGAGGACGGCAGUGCAAACAGCAGCCCGAUUUUCUCCUCAGCCGAGAACAGCUUGGAUCAUGGCAAACUGGUGAACUCCAGCCAGUCCAGUUUGACCGAUGCCUUUGAAGAGCUGGAUGGAAGCAGUUCGGGACUCUUGCUACAACCUCCCCCUUCUAGACACAACAGAGGCACAGUGUCAAAUGCAAGUCCUCUCGGAGAACAAGACGAGAGCUCAACAGAGGAGUACUCAGGGGGUUCGUGGGUGUGGAGCGUGACCGACAGGGCCAGAUCACUUAUAACACAAAGAGAAGCCACCAACCUCAACACACUCCUCCUUAUCUACCUAAUGCUGGUUCUCCUACUCCUGCUCUCCUCAGGCUACAUUGGCCUGCGUAUCGUGGCCCUGGAGGAGCAGCUAACCUCACUGGGAGCACUGCCUGAGUUCACUCUACACAGCAGGUACAAGGACACACAACCAAACACGUAAAAGAAGAGAGGCGAUUCCUGAUGGCCUGCCAAAAUAAGUCACUCCGCAGUUGAUGUCCCAGCAGCACUCACAUCCCUGUAGACCCCACAGUGCUGGUGGCCUGGUUCUGUUUGCGGAGAACAGCCCGCCAUUUCUGCAUGGGAACCUAGAAGCCCGUCGUUGGACGUCAGAGCGUGUGCUACAAGGCCAGUGCUGCUCUGCCUUUCCCCUCUGGAACCAAAGAGAGCCGAAUCCGCGUCUGGACGUGGAAGAGCAGUGGUCAGCCAUCCGAUGGAAGCAGCUCCGCGCUGCUCUGUAGCGAGCUCUGCUCCAGGGGUUGGCCUUCCACACUCCCAUCAUGGAGGUUAAUUAAUGAUUACACUCUCUGGAAAACUAGCUUUCCUCUGCACAGUUUGCUUCUCCCACUUGGUCGCCGGGCGGGUCGUCUGUCUUAUUUUAUUUUUACAUAUAUGUGUUUGUUUGUUUUUUCUUUCUUUUUUCCCACCUUUUGUUCUUGACCGCCUGCUUUGAGUAACGUCUAGUAGGUUACAAUUUCUACAGCCAGUUCCUACUGGCUAAAACCUUGAGGCUUUGGUACCAUGGGAACAGUGCCACAUUCCCUGUCAUGAAGAUCAUUUUUCUACUUUUCUCCUUUUGAAUCAGAGGGCUGCCAUGUUACCCCCUGCCUUGGCAUCAUUUUUAAAAACAUUUCUUUCUGUUUUUUUUCUCUCCCUCUCUCUAAUGAUCCUCACCUUGGUGGUCCACCCUUUACCUGUUUUCUAUGACUGGAUGUUUGCAUCUGCUAUGCACAAGUAAUCUUCCGAUCAGGUUUUUGAGAAGCGUUUUAUAGCCUUUUGUUUUUCUAUGGGCCUUUUUAUACUUCUGUGGACGAACUGGUUUGUGGGUGGAUGGCCUGCUCCUAAACCGUAAAGGAAUGGCUGUAGAAUAGCUGGUGCUGAGGUCUUGGAGCUGUACGGAGGCACCAAAACAUCUUUCUAUGCAGCCCAAGCCAGCCGUUUCAACUGCAAGAAAAAGGGGAAACAAAAAAAAAAAAAAAAGGGUAGAAAAACACGUUUGUAUGUCAGUAGCGACCAGGUACAGCAGGUCUGUUCUGGCAGUACUGACAGACCCAAAAGCAACCAACCAAACAUACUCGAUUCACAGCUAAUAAUAAUAAUAAUAAUAAUAAUAUGGUCCAAUAUAUGCAUGAUUAAUUUAUUUGUCUGUGAGUGUGUAUGUGCCUACAUUAGGGAGAGUGAGCAUUCAUGAGUGGUAACCCUGCUAGUGAAGGGGUGCACUUUACCAUGUAGAGGUGGAGGGAUGGAUGGUGUGAUACUGGUAGGGUGGGGCACAGGGACAGAGGGCGCAUUUGCUCCUCAUCCUGGGGUGUUAGAGAGUCCUAGAGUCUUCUACUUAGGGCUGGGGGUUCAGGUGCACCAGAUUCAGAAGAGGCUCUUAACUCAGGAACCAGUUUCCACCGGCUAUCGGGGCAAAUGGGCUCAUUUCAAUGGAAAAGCAACUCGAAAUUUGGUUACACUGAAGUUUGGAUGAAAUUUGGCUUUUUAAACAAAUAUCUGCCAAUUCACAAAUUAAGACCUGUGAGAUCCUUGACAGCGAUGCAAAGUGAACCGCGUUUCGACGGUUUCAUUGAUUCAUUGAUUUCACACUAACGCAUUGGCCGUCGUUUUGUGGUUCCAGUCCUGCUCCUGCACCGCGCACGGCUGUGUUUUCCCGCUCUCAAACACCCGACUUAACUCCCCAAGGGCUCAGAAUCAGGCGGGUCUUUGGGUCAGGUGUGUUACUUGCAGAGAGAGGGCACAGCUCUGGAGUAUGUGGAGGCACCAUGGCCGGGGCCUGCGGGGUGGGAGGCGAUGGGACGUUCGGUGAGGGAGAGCUCCGAGGCACUUUGAGAGUUCCGCUCGGACUCACUUCUCCUGUUUCAACGUUUGGGCGCUCACAUUUGUGGGCUAGCUAACAGCCAAGAGGAAAUGUUCACUCUCCCUUUCUGACAUUUCUCUGUUCCGUUUUUGUUUACUGAUAUUUGUGCACAUACUACGGUGCGUUUGUUGUAAAUGCGAUGAUGGGGGUGCAUGUCGAUCAUCUCGCUGAGGUUUCUCACAGUCUUCAGGUUGGACGGAAAUGAUCUGAGUCCGAAAUGAAGGAAUUAUUAUUUUUUUUUUAAAUGUGAAGCUGCUCUGUUGCAGUUCUCCCACAUGAGGUCCAUCCCAUUGGACCUGCCUGAUAACGCAAAGUAUUGCACACAAACUACGUCAAAACCAUCAAACUUUACCAUCACGGCCCCUAGUGCAAAUUUUGUUCCAGUAAGAGAAUCCAGAGUUUAUCAUUUUGGUUUAUUUUGCACUACUCAAGUGUUUGUAAAUAAUAUUUUGUAUUGAUUUUGUCUUUAAUAAGUCCCCUUUUAAUAUAUUUAUUGUAUUCUGUACAAUACAAAGUCACCUCUGUGAGAUUGGCUUUGAUGCUGUUUGAAUAAAUCAAAUUUGGGGGAGAAUCACA